AUGAGUUCAUCGAAGAGAAUUAGCUCCGAGAGACGACGCCUCGUCGAGGAAUUGCAUGCAUCUGCUCGAAGACAUUUUCCACGAAGACGUGUUGUAAUCAAAGGAUUCGAUGACUUGUGGCAAGCGGAUAUCGUCGAGAUGCGUCCGUAUUCGAAUAUUAACAGAGGUCAUCAUUAUAUACUUACCAUGAUCGAUGCGCUGAGCAAAUUCGCAUGGGCAGUAGGGAUGAAGAGUAAGAGCGGAAAAGAGACGGCUGACGUCAUCGCCGAGAUAAUUCGGAAGAGCGGAAGAUGUCCACGCAACUUGCAAACGGAUAUGGGCAAAGAGUUUUACAACGCCGAUGUGCAGAAACUCUUGAGAAAACACCAUAUUAAUCAUUAUUCCACAACUUUGAAGGAGAAGAUGUGGAAGAUGUUUACGUUGCAAGGAUCUUACAAGUGGGUCGACGAGCUACCGCGUCUGGUUUCCGAAUACAACGACACGCUGCAUAAAACGAUAGGCAUGCGACCUGUGGAUGUAACGCCGGCGUCGGCUAAAAAGCUGUUGAACACCGUGUAUAGUCACGUUAAGAUCGCUGCUCCUGCAAAAGUCAAGGUCGGAGCUAAGAAGGCAGAGAAAGAGAAAAAAGAGGAAGAGGGACAGCAAGAACUGGCGGAGGAGGAAGUGGAGGAGAAAGAAGAGGUGGAGGAGGAGGAGGAAGAACUGCUUACCGAAUGUCGAGAAAAUUACAAUAUGAUAAAAUAUCUCAGACAUAUUCUUCCUGAAAAUAUAUCAAGAGACAAUAUGUAUAUAUAUUGA